UUCGCUCCAAUGUCUAGUGAGAUAACUACGUGUGACAGUGACAAAAGUAUAUAUAUCAAGAGCGAGUUCAUGAUUUCUGAGUACAGCGGUGUAUUUUUCUUUCACCUGGGGUAGUGGUUACAUCACUGAUAGAGCCAGAACACGGACAUAGAGGUCACUCCAGGAAACAGAAGAACAGAAGAGGAGAAUAAUGUCAGUCCUGAGAAAGAUUAACUCAAGGAUGCAAAGAAUCUGCAUCUGUGAGCAGGAGGACCUGGGCAGACGAGCCAUGCAGAUUACAACGGAACUGAAGCAGGGGGUGAUAAAGCCAUAUAAGAAGCUGGUUGACGUUUCCGUAGGUGAUGCCCACAGAGGUGGAAUGAAACCAAUAACCUUUGUCCGACAGGUCAUUGCUGCCUGCAUUUACCCCGAGCUCCUCCACGAUAACACCCUUCCAGCUGACGUCAAGGAGAGAGCCUGGAGACUUAUGAGGGAGUGUGAAGGAGGGAGUGUAGGCUCAUACACCGAUGUGUGUGGCAUCCCCUAUGUGAAGAGCAGUGUGUCUGACUUCAUCACACGGAGAGACGGGGGAGUGCCUGCAUCCCCAGAGAACAUUAUUAUGUCAUCCGGCUCUCAGACUGCUCUCAUGUUUGUCCUUAAUCUGCUGGUCGAUGGAGAGGGACCGGCUCAGACAGGUGUGGUAAUCCCAAUACCCACCUAUGACUUAUUCGCCAUGGCAAUGGAGGAGCUGGGGGCAGAGAUGGUGCCUUACUACCUGUGUGAGGAGGAGGGCUGGGCACUAAGGGUGGAGGAGCUGCGGAGUGCUGUGCGAGCAGGCAGACUUCACUGCCACCCCAGAGCGCUGUACGUCAUUAACCCCAGCAAUCCCACAGGUAAUGUUCAGAGCAGGAAAAUAAUUGAAGAAGUAAUUCGAUUUGUGGCUGAGGAGAAGCUCUUCCUCAUGGCCGAUGAGGUGUACCAGGACACUGUGCAAGGGGGGGGCACUGAUUUUGUGUCCUAUAAGAGAGUGCUGUUUGAGAUGGGGCCACCAUACUCUGAGAAUGUACAACUGGCCUCUUUCCACUCCGUAUCCAAAGGUUUCAUGGGAGAAUGUGGCCUCCGUGGUGGCUAUGUAGAGCUGGUUAACGUUGACCCUGCUUUUAUGGAGAAGGCCUGUACGUGGUUGUCUGCAGGGGCAGGCUCAGCUGUGAUUGGUCAGAUAGCGCUAAACAUUAUGGUCGAUCCUCCACGACCAGGAGACCCUUCCUACACAAUGUACAGCCAGGAGGUGAAAUUCAAAAAGGACACCCUCAGCUGUAAUGUGCGUCGGGUCCAGGAGGUCUUGCAAGAUAUUCCGGGGUUCACCUGUCAGGCUGUGGGAGGGGGUAUCUAUGCCUUCCCCCGCUUACACCUCCCCCAAAGAGCUGUGCAACGAGCCAAGGAGUUAGGCUUGGAGGCUGACCUGCUGUACUGCACCAGGCUGCUGGAGGAAGAAGGGGUGUGCCUGGAACCAGGCAGCUCGCUUGGCCAAAAGGAGGGCACUCACCACAUCAGACUCUGUCUUAUGACCUCAACUAAGACACUGGAGGUGCUGCUGAAACGUCUACAAAGGUUCCAUCUCCGGUUCCUCAAAGAGUUUUCUUGACCGGAGUUAGAAGGACGAGCCUAUGCUGUAGUCAGAUCAGUUUGUACCCUCUGUACACUUGUGUGAUUUGAAUAAAAUGACUAUGUAUUGCAGUCAUUUGCAAAGUAAGAAUUGCACAUCGGUCUAUGUUAAACUACCUAUGUAAUCAAUAAUUGUUCACAUGCAAAUGCUUCCUAAAUCACUGAGUCUAAAUUCAGAAAUUAAUUUUCAGCUCUCAAGAUCAUUGUAUGAGAUUUCCUGCUGCUGAUUCAGGAUUCAUCUGCAACCACUCAUUAAAAUAAUCAUUCAAAAGUAUUAAAAGCUAUCCGUCUCAGCAACAAAUCCUGUGCCCAGGCGAGUCGCAUAAAUGGCUGUGCGCAUAAACAUAUGUUAACAUCACGUUGGCUAAAAUUCACAUUUUCAAAAUGUGUUAUAUUAUGAAAUAUAAACACCGAAGGAACAACAGACUGGAAGAGUCCGGGGCACAGCUAAUGGCUACCUUUCCCUCCAAUGCUUCUUUGAUGUGCCAUUAGUUUCUGUAGAUAAUAGUCUGGGACGUCUUCCUCUCACUGCCUAAAAGUAGCCUUAAACAGACACCACACGAUACUGAUUCCCUGUUCCUGCUUCCUUUUCCUACCCCAGAAUGCAGGAUUUGUUUAACUGCAAAAUACAGAUUUACACUUAUUUAUAUUCAAAUGACGUUCAAACAUCAACCUGUCUACGUGUAAUUAAAAUGACAUUACUUAU